UUCGAAGUUGACUCUCGAAGUUCUCAUUUCUCUACAACACAAGCUGCUUACGUAGUGUGGACAUGAGAGCCUCGUUCUGAGGAUGAGAUGAUGAAACAUACUAUGGUAAUAAUAUUGAACAAUAUUGAAUUAUGGAUGGUGAAGAAGUAACGAGACUGCUGUGCUACAAUAUUAAGGAAUGACGUAGAACUGCAAGAUAAUUUAGUCCUUUUAGGUGAACCUCCAAGUACCUUAGCUAUGAUAAAUUCAAUAGAAAAAGAUUGUAUCAAUAAACAAGACUUGGAAGGCAUUACUUUUGAUAAAGGUACUGAUACUGUUUAUCAAGAAAAUCUGAUACCCACCUUAUUACGAAUUAAGUACCAAAAGCGAAUGGAGAAAAACGAAAUAGAUGAGUCGUCUGACCUUAGUGAUACUGUACAUGAUCCGAAUUAUGAAAAUGAAGAUUCUAUGCCUGAAUCAGAUGAUAGUGAGGUCAAUCAGAGCGAAGACGCUAAGGAAGCAUUGAGCGAAAAGGAAAAUCAUAAUACGAGUAAAGACAUGGAAAAGGAAAACGGGGGACACACGCACCUUGAGGCUGAUACUGAUCAUGCAUUAGUUGAGAAGCAAAUCAAGAAAAGUCCAGCUUUUCAAAUAGCCACCCCAUGGGACUGGCAACAACUUGUCAGAAUAACAUCUCCAAAAUUCACAGUUAUUGACAUGAGCCUUAAAGAUUUUUUAAACUUUACGAGCUUGUUCAGUGACAAAAAUUCAGCUUUCAUCAGAUGUAGAAAAUCUGAAAGCGGCGAUCUUUUACGUAUUUCUGAAGCUGUGCGUUUUCAAGUAAAAAGUGCCAAGCCUGGACAUCUAUUUUUCAAAACAAAAUUUACUCAGGCUGAGUUCGAGGAGGUGAAUUUUAAUCGGAGACAUAGCCAAAAUGCUUGUAAUCUAAUACUGCCACCCAUAAGAGAGUGA